GAAGCUAGUUUUGGGGAUUCCCUUGUCAAACCAUAGAAACAACAUUUGCCAAAAAGUGGGUCAGCCUUUUGAGUUUGUAGAUCUACCAAAGCUAUAGCUAGCUGUGAUGUGCUGUAGCUGUGAGAGGGUGAUCAAGUGGGGCUCUGUGCUACUGGUGGUUGGGGCACUGUUUGUUGGAGGAGUCAGAUUCUGGCUGGAGGAGAAGUCCUAUGUGUUCUCUGCUGACAAAAUGGCCAGACUCACCAAUGAAGUGCUCAAUACCUCUAUAGGUAAAGGCCACAAUGAGACUUUCAGGGCUGUGGAGGAAUUGCUACGAGAACGAUAUCCUGAUCACAUCCUUCCCUCCUCUCAGACUGAGUGGAUAUUCGUGAAUGCGGGAGGAUGGAUGGGAGCCAUGUACCUGCUCCAUGCCAGCCUUACGGAGUAUGUGCUUUUCUUUGGGACUGUUAUAGAUACUUCAGGCCACUCAGGACGGUACUGGGCUGAGAUAUCCGACACCAUCAUUGCUGGCAAGUUCGUCCAAUGGAAGGAGGGAACUACAGAAGUGAAUGUAUAUUACGCUGGAGACACAGUGCUACAUGGUGUAGGGGAGACCACAGCAGUACAGUGGACCGCCCCCUUCUGGGCCGUUGAAUAUGGGCGUGGCUUUAUCCCGUCCACACUAGGAUUUGCACUGUCUGACUCUUUGUUUAGCACACAAGACUUUGUUAUCAUCUAUAAAACUUUUAAAAUUUACACAAUAGCCAUCGUACAUGGAUGGUUUCAUAGCUUACAGCAGUUGCUGAUGUUUUGAACGUAAUCAUUUUUUGGGGAACAUAAAAUAUUUUGAAAUUGAUCAAGAAUAAUGA